AUGGCGACUGCAAAUUCGGAAUCAUUGUCAAACUCAAAUACGGAGUUUUUCUCAGACGAAGAAGCUGAAAGCGAGCUUACACUUUCCGUCCCACAUUCUAAUCGUGUUGAAUAUUGCAAUAUCUCUGCCAAUAUUACAGCAAGGAGUUUGACAUCGUUUCUCCAAACGCUUUUGCAAGUGUACAAGCCGCCUGCAAAUGAGAACUGUAUUUUAACUUUGGCAGUGGAAGCAGCAUUCAAUGAGAGUAAGUCUGCCCUCGUAGAAGAGUUUCUACAGAACAUAUUGUGUUUGUUUGAAGUUUGUUUUAGCCAGGCAGGAGCAGAAAAACACUUUCAGAAAUAUGCAAUAAGCUUAGAAAAGGCAUUUGCUGAAAAACGACGUUCUAGUUUUCACCAUUGUGCAAUUAAAUGGUCAUGGGAGAGAUUAUUUACUAAUACAGCAAGUCAGAGUAGUGAAUAUAAUCAAGCUUCAGAACAGUUGCUGCAGCAAAUUCUUCAGUACUUUUGGUCUUCAAGUAGUAAUAGUUGUAUUACUGUUGAAAGUCCUGAAGAGGAAGGUGAGGAAAGUACUGAAGAUCCUGCUGCUUGUGAUGAGAGUGAUUUCGACAACAUCAAAGAUCAUGCCGGUUGGGUAGUUAAACGAGCUAGGGAGACAUUAUAUAAGCGCCCUGAUUUUUGA